UCAAGAAGUUUCAUUGCAAUCUGAAAAGAUUUUUUUGUGAAUUUCACGCCAACAACUGAUUCUCAGAUUUCAAUGAAACUUUGUGGAUGUACAGAAUUCGUCUACUGCAAUACUUAUUUUUCUUGUGAAAAAUCUAGACAAGUAAUUUAUCCAUACAUUGCAAGAUGGGUACUGUUAUAGGAAAAUAGUUUUACUAACAAAAAUUAUUUCUUGUCUGCGCUGAAAGAAAUUUAACAUGGAUAGAUAUAUUAGUUUCACUAGAAUACGGCAGUGUGAAAAUUUAACAGAAGUUUAAAUUGAGCGAAAGGCCAUUAGUGCGACAAUACUAAUCAAAUGCGCACUCCUUUACCUAAUUCACACUUUGAUGGUUUAGAGACAAUAAUCACUACCUAAUCCCCAGUUGUAAAAUCAUGAAAUCUGAAAUGACGGGUUUCUUGUUGGCCACUUCUCCGCCAAUGUCAUAAUAAAUGCAUGGUCUCAUAUUCGAAUGCCGUUUGGUUGAACUGUUUGCCCAAAUGGGCUGUUUGGCGUGACGAAGAAUUGAUCAAUUUGCGAGAAAUAAUAGAUUCCUCAAGCAUACUAGAAAGUAUCACUUAAUGAGUAAAAAUUCACAACUUUAAAAGAAAGGCGACUUAAGUCAUUGACCCAUUUGGCCAAAGGAAACGGCAGUUCUGGUGUUCUACUAACCGACUGGCCAAAUAACAGGACAUCCUAUAAAUUAAUGUAAUUUCACUGCAUAGGGAAAAAAAUAAUUCAGUUUUUUGUUAAAAUUUUAGUUUUUUUUUGUUAAAAGUUAAAGUCUGUAUAAAAUUAGAUAAAUUUCUACUCGUCUUUUAACUAUUUCCUGGAAGUAUAAAGUUUUAUUAUGCCAUUAGUUUUUUCUCAAUAUUAGCUUUAAAUUGGAAGCAAUUAUUUGGCAAAGUUAUGCACUCGACUGACACUGCUUUAAUUUCUCUGAAAAUAAUUUAAACAUUUAGAUAAACACUCGCGGUCAUUCACCAAGACGAAAAUCACUCGACUCGAAUCGUAUAAAUCAUGAGAACCUCUAUCACUUGAAAGAACGCUGCAGAACUCACUUGAAUCAGAAUCCCCAGCAACAGUGGCAGUGAACAAACGGUUGACUGCAUCGUGUCGGUGCAACAUGUCACGUUAGACUGCAGGUUGUGUUUAGGGUGGUAGCUUUCGAAAGCCAAAUUUUCUUCCAGUGGAUCGAUGCAACUGAGUCAAUAUUAUGUUUCAAACAGAAAAUACUGUGAAACAACAUUUCCUGAAUUUUAGAUCGUGUCGUAAUUAUAUAGAAAAUUUGAAAACUUUACGAUCAGAUAUGUACUCAAUAAAUCUAAAUGGAGCACCAAAUGUUCAAAUAAGGUAAUAUAUGUAUCAAGAGAAACUGGCCGGACGUUCUGUGACUAUAAUUUAGUAUUCAUUCUACACUUGACUGCGACAAUGAAAAGUUUGAUAUUUUUAGUCGUAUUUCUUAAGGUAAAAAUUUACCGAACAGCAAUGUGCGCAAUUUCACUAAAUUAUUUUGAAUUUCAGAUUGGCCUUGCUGAAUUCUUCUUUGGACUGGACGUCCAGGGUGGAUUCAAAACCGAAACGGACAUUUCAACAGCAGCCUUGGCUAUAACAGCGCCAUUUGCUGCGCUGCAACCAUCGAUCGCGAAUCUGAAUAAAAGUUUGCCACUAAGUACGGCCACUCUGGAUGAUGCAGCUAGAGCUAUAAUCUUUCUCUACAGUGGAAUAGUUGGUCCAGUGGACAGAUUUAUCAAAGCAAUGGCAGAGUCUGCGACUGACAAAUUUACAUUUUCUACUUUUCUAUUCGAUAGAAUAUUUGUAUCAUUAUUUACAGCGCAGCAAUUUAUCGACGAUACGCCUCAGUAUAUAAGUAAGGUUACUGAACUGUCGUCCACUUUGGGCGGUGAUAUAUCGCAGCAGUUCAACGAAAUUGAUAGUCUUAUGAGGGAUUUGUCCUAUACGAUGGCCGCAUUCGAGGAUGCCGUGGCUGCAGUCAGCUCGAACUCGCAAAUUACGCCUAGUUCAAUCUACAGCGUUCUCAACAAGUAUCAAUUGGCUAAUUUGAUCGGUGCAUUGAAUGUGUUCAAUUAUCAGAUAACAGUUUUAAAGAGUCACAUGGCUAACGUGAUAUCAAUUAUAAUGACGUCCGAUGGUUUUAUGAGUUCUUACACAUCUACACUGACUACGGCUUUCGCUUCAUUGGAUGUGUCUUUGACAAGUUCUUACAACACCAUAACAAAUGUAGGAGCUUCAUUUGUGAAGAAAAUUACCAACACUGUUAAACAGUUGUCCAUGGCCAUAAAUAAUUUUCGAUCUCAGAUAAAUGCCUUUACCGACAACAUCAUCAAUGCAAAUGCCACGAGCAUCAUAAGCCAAACGGAAGAAUUUAUCUCAUUCUACAUCUUCUUUAUGAACAUUCUGAAACCCAACUCGGAAGAUAAGUUUAACAGUGUAGCUUACAUGGUGACAGACUCUGUUCAAACUGCUGCUCGUGAUAUACUGUUCAACGCUUAUCAAACGUUGAAUAAUGCGAUAAACAACCUUCCGUUAAAAUCGUCAACAUGUGCAACUACCUAUCUAACGCCAAUGGUCACAUCUUUAUCGCAAAACAUUCCAACUUUACGAACCUGCCUCAAUCUGCUGGAUCCUCAAUAUGUGGCCUACGACCAGAUAGCACUCCUGAACAAGCUACUAAGUGAUCGUUUGUACUACGUAAGCUUGUGGACCAACGCAAUCAGUGGGGUGACAUCGUACAGUUCUGCUAGUAAUCGAAAAACUGCUAUCCUCAAAAUUCUUGCUGAAACUCCAACAGGCAACGUGGAUGUCCAAACACCCGCUCUAAUAGCCACGUACAGUAUUUUUGCACAGGUUGUAUCCAACUUCAACAGCCUGCAGAACCGUGUCGUCAUGUGCUUGACCCUGAAGAGUGUUGACUUUUCAGCGUUGGUCAUUUCGGCUUCGAACAGCUAUUUCGGCUGCAUCAAUAAGUAAUGGUUGAUAACUUUCAACGGCACUUUGCCGGGCAGUAAGAUAAGAGGAAUAAACGAAUGGUUCUUUAUUUUGCAACGUGGAAAUCAGCCGCAUGGGAUGUUGUUUUGAUCUACCUGCCGAAAACCGAACGGAAAUGUAAUUUGUCAUUGUUUUUGUUUUGAACUGUGAUGCAGCACUGUCGAUAAGAAGUGUAGGGGCCAAUUAGGCCUCUAGACAGAUGAUAAGAUUCGUGCAGGACCGUCGUGGCAAUUUUUGUGGAACUAUUAGGUUGGGAAAGGUAGCGUCUAUGGAAGCUAUUUUGAUAGGUUUUAAUAAAUGUAAGCUAUUUGCAUAGAAAAACUAUCAAAUGCAAAAAAAAAGGUGAUUCAUUCGGGAGUUUAAGAAAAACCUAUAAAAUAUUAGAAAUUUCAUCCACAGAACAUUCAACUAAAUUCCAUAAAGAAUCAUAAAAUAAUAUCCAAGACAGUAUUUUUUCAUAGAUUUUUCCAAACGCUCCCCCCUUUUGAUAUUCAAAUUUAAUUACUGUUCAGAGGAGUGUUGGAGAAACAUAAAAAAUAACAAAAGACUCACAAAUAUAUCGAGGGACUGAGAGUUACAUAAUUAUUAAUCAUUUGGUC